AUGGAUGAUGUAAACGGGAUAAACAAUAAAAAGUUCCCAUUCAAAUGUGACGUCUGCGACCGAGGUUUCAUUGCUGAAGGUAAACUAGAACUCCACCGUAAAGUUGAACAUGAAGGUCUGCGUUUUGUUUGUGAGGUGUGUCAGAAGAUUUUUAAGAGCCACAGUAAUUACAAAAGGCAUACGAAGAAGCACGAUCCUGAUCAUAUUGAAACUGUGGACAAGUGUGAAAAAUGCCUUAAACUUUUCUCUUCGCCGUAUGCGUAUAAAAAGCACUUGAAGAGACAUGAAGCUCCUGCAUGGAUUUGUGAUAUUUGCGGUAAAGCUUUGAAGUCAAAUAAUGGUUUACUUAAGCAUAAAAGAGUACAUUCUGGGGUAAGACGCUACGUUUGUCACGUUUGCGGGAAGGCUUUUUCAAGCACGGGUGGAUUACAAAUGCAUGUUCGAGUUCAUACCAAGGAAAAACCGUAUAAGUGUAAUUUAUGCGGUAAAUUUUAUACACAGCGCGGCAGUUUAGUUAUUCAUAUGAGGUUUCAUACGGGGGAAAAACCGUACAAAUGCAAUGUUUGUAACAAAGGAUUUGUUACUAAGACUGUUUUAAGAAAUCAUGGGUGUAUGGUUAAAUCAUGA